GCUCACGAGGAAACGUCACUUCCGGCGUGUGCGCCUGGCGUCCGUGCGUCGCGGGAUGGCUGCUCUGAGGAGUUGGCUGUCCCGAAGCGUGUCGUCCUUCUUAAGGUACAGGCGGUGUGUUCCUGUCGCGGCUAACUUGAAGCGCUGUUUCUCGGCCUCCGUGAGACCAUGGCACAAAACCGUGGCCGUUGGAUUUGGGGUGGCCCUGUGUGCAGUCCCUAUCGCCCAGAAAGCGGAACCCCAUUCCCUCAGUAACGAGGCACUGAUGAGGAGAGCGGUGUCUCUGGUGACAGACAGCACCUCCACCUUCCUCUCGCAGACCACCUACGCGCUGAUCGAAGCCAUCACUGAGUACACUAAGGCCGUUUACACAUUGGUCUCUCUGUACCGACAGUACACAAGCUUACUCGGGAAGAUGAACUCCCAGGAGGAGGAUGAGGUGUGGCAGGUGAUCAUCGGAGCCAGGGUCGAGAUGACUUCAAAACAGCAAGAGUACUUGAGGCUGGAGACCACUUGGAUGACCGCGGUUAGUCUUUCCGAGAUGGCAGCAGAAGCCGCGUACCACACCGGAGCAGACCAGGCCUCCAUAACUGCCAGGAAUCAUGUUCAGCUGGUGAAGUCACAGGUGCAGGAGGUGCGCCAGCUCUCCCAGAAAGCAGAAACCAAGUUGGCAGAAGCACAGACGGAAGAGCUCCGUCAGAAAACACAGGAGGGCGACGACAGGGCUGAGGCGGAGCAGGAGGCCUACCUGCGUGAGGAUUGAGGGCCUGAGCCGCUGCGCAUGUCUGCCCACUCCACCUGGGCUCGGCACAGCUUUCUCUGCACCACGAGGCGGCGGCAGGUCCUGCCCUGGCCCAUCGGGCCUGAGGCCUGUGUGGGCUGCGAGUGCCCAACCCCUCCUCCUGAUCUCAGGCUCGUACUGGACCUGGUUCCUAGCCCGGGGCACAGCACCCCAUUUACCAUUGCACCCCACUCAACACAGCUGUCCUCCCACCCAGAGCAUCUCACCAACCUGGCCGGAGAAAGGGGUUCUUUUUUGUCAUAGGCAGAAGUUUUGUAGUUCUUUUAACCUGUUUCCAAUAGUAUUCAAUUUUCAAAUAGUAUUUGCUCCCCCCAUAGACAUGUGAGUUUUGGGGAGAGAGGGGGCCUGUCCUGCUUUUCUGUUUCUUUGUGAGCGUUUUCUGGCCCGGCCCCUCUGCUCCGUGCGGCCAGCUCAGGCCAGGGAGCCAAACGUCCCUUCUUAGGAGGCCAUGCAGAAGUUUACCUGGGACUCAGCAGGACUGCUCCAACACACGCUUCUCCCCCCCCCCCCCCCCAAUUUCUCUACUGUGUAUGAAGGAGAAUGUUUUUUUGCAUUUAAAAAAAAUGUGUAUGUGUU